AUGAAAAAAGACGCCUCAAGCCGCCCGUCAAACGUCCGCUCCUUGACAAUGACGCACCACAGUCGCAACCUUCUCAACUUCUUAAACGAAGAUCGUACCCGCCAGAGGUUCUGCGAUGUGUCCGUGUCGGUGGGCGGGAAUCUCUACGGCGCCCACAAAGCCGUCCUGGCUCACGGGAGCAGUUACUUCCACGCCGAGCUGUCCAAGAACCCCGCCGUCGACCGCGUGACGCUGGACCACGUGGAGGACUCUGUUUUCCAGCACCUGCUCAGUUUACUCUACACGUCCGAGUGCGUCGUCGCCGAGACGGAGCUGCGCGCCGUCACCGAAGCGGCCCGCUUCCUGGACAUGAUGGACGUGGUGAAGCUUCUCUGCGAGGAAGUUCCGAACAACGCCGUCAGCGGGGAUGAAAGCGACUCCCGAAUGACGCCCGAUCAAAGCUCGUUCGAGCAGCCGUCGCGGGUCGAAAGCGCCUCAAAGGAGCAAAGUGCGGAUGAAAACCAGGCGCCGAGUAAAAGCCAGAAGACGCCUGGGGAUAAGGCGGCUACCACGCGGCGGUCCGCUCGAAGUAAGAAACCUCCGAGCAAGUAUCAGAAAGACGAUAACCAAAGCGAGGAAACGCAAACGGGUCAUUCGCCGAGAGAACUGUCUGAAGAACGAUUGGAAGAAGACAACACGGGGAGCGAAUUAGUAGUGGAUGAAACGCCGUGUUUUGUGGCUGAGGAGGAUGGAAAAGCAGCGGUCCCUAGUCCCGUCUACCCAGAAGGUUUGACUCCGGUCAUCAUCCGCGUCGGCGGCAAGAAGAUUCUCAAGUGUCCUAAAUGUGACAAGACCUUCGAUCGAGCAGGGAAGUACGAGAGUCACACCAGAGUGCACACGAAAGAGAAACCCUUCCAGUGCGACGUGUGUUUUCAGCGCUACUCCACAAAGUCCAACUUGACGGUUCACAAGAAGAAGCACGCUAGCAACGCUCCCUUUCAGAUGAAGGAGCACACCUGUCCGUUUUGUAAUAAACUCCACGCUAGCAAGAAAACUUUGGCCAAACACGUCAAGAGGUUCCAUCCAGAACAUCUCCAAGAGUUUCUCAGUAAGAGGAAGAAGAGGAAGAGUGAAGGCUGGAAAUGUUCUAUUUGUCUGAAGUCUUACACACGCAAGCCUCACUUGCAGGAGCACAUGAUCCUGCACACCCAAGCCCGGCCUUUCAAAUGUUCAUUUUGCGACGAGUACUUCAGGUCCAGGUUUGCCAGGCUCAAACACCAAGAAAAGUACCACCUGGGACCUUUUCCUUGCGAGAUCUGCGGCCGAAAUUUUAACGACAGCGGCAACAGGAGACGCCACAUCGAAUGCACCCACGGAGGGAAAAGGAAGUGGACCUGCUUCGUCUGUGGCAAAUCCGUGAGGGAAAGAACAACAUUGCGGGAGCACAUGCGGAUCCACAGUGGCGAGAAGCCUCACCUCUGCGGUCUCUGCGGACAAAGUUUCCGUCACAAGAGCUCUUACAGGCUCCACUUGAGAAUGCAUCGCAACGACAGGCGCUACGAGUGCGACCAAUGCGGCAAGACCUUUGUACGCCAUGAUCACCUGACCAAGCAUCAGAAAACCCACUCUGGUGAAAAAGCACAUCAGUGUGAAGAAUGUGGCAAGUGUUUCCGACGCCAGGAUCACUUAACGGUCCACUACAAAAGCGUUCAUUUGGGAGAGAAAGUGUGGCAGAAAUAUAAAACAGCCACGCAUCAGUGUGAGGUUUGCAAGAAAGAAUUUAAGGGAAAAUCCAGUUUGGAAAUGCACUUUAGGACCCACUCAGGUGAGAAACCCUUCAGUUGUCCCGAGUGCCAACAGACCUUCCGAAUCAAGAAGACCUUGACCAAGCACAUGGUGAUCCACUCGGACCUCCGUCCGUUCAACUGCCAACAGUGCAACGCCACCUUCAAGAGAAAAGACAAGCUCAAGUAUCACGUGGACCACGUGCACAGCGGACGCUUCCUCCAGCAGCCCGCCGACACCCAGACGGCAACGGUGGGCCACGCCGACGUCAGCGCUGAAGGACAGCGGCCCGCUUCCGGCUAUCAGACUUCAGAGCUGGCCUUUUUAGAGAAGUACGCCCUGGCGCCCCAGUCCGCCGACACGGUUCCCCCCGCGAGAGCCGAUCACAUGCUAGACAGCCGAGAGCAGACGUACCUGGGAACGCUGCUGGGUUUGGACUCUACUUCCGCUGUGGAGAACAUCUCAGAGCAAACUCACCGCUGA